UUUGGCAAAUUGGAAUAAUUUGGAUUUGGAGCAAAAAAACUGAGUUUUUAAGCAAUUUUAAGCGUUCAGGAAUGGAAUUUGAACCUAAGUUGAAGGAUAUCACAAAAUCAGUCAGGAACAUUCAAAACAGGAGACUUCAAUUUAAGCUAAACAAGCCUCAAGAAACAUCGGCUAGUAAUAGCAGACCUCUAGUGAUUAAUAGUUUGGCAGGGGAUGACAAGACCUUGAAGAUAUCCUCAACACUAGACUCUAGUCUAGGCUAUAAACCAAGCAUGAGCACGGCUAAACAAACUCUUAAAACUACUGGGAAUUAUUUGCCAAGACAGAUGCCUAAUGAGACUGCAGAGGUAUUCAUAAAGUACUACCCGACUGAAAGCCAGAAUAAAUCAAGGAAUAUGUACAUUGAUGGCAACUACGAAGCUUGCGUGAAUAUCCAGACUGAUGAAAACCUUAUGAGCAGGAUAAGCGAGCUUAAUGAACAAGAAGAAGAGAAAGUCCAAUGGCAACCCAGUAGAGAUAGUUUUUAGCAUACAUAGUGGUCUUGGAGGCAAAGGAUUCAACCAUCUAUCUCUAAUUAAAGAUACCUCGAAUGAUAAUUUUGAAUUCAGCCAAGAUGGAUAUCACUUUAACAAGAAAGUUGCUAAAAGCCCACCGAAACGUACUAAAACAAUAAUCAGAUUUAAGCCUGAUAAGCAAGCUAGCCGGAGCGAAUUCGAUGACAUUACAGAUCCUAAUGUUCAGUCUCAUCAUUUCACUCAUCCUGUUGUAAAACAUACAGAGGCAAGAAGAAUAAACAACAGAAAUGAGGGUAAGCCUUGUUGGCUUUUCCAAUGAUUCAAAACUAUAAUCACCUGCAACUGCCUAUUAAUAAAGAGAAAGACUGUCCCAAUUCAUGAAGUAACCAAGACAACUAAAAAGCAAAAGAGGCCUGAGAUUUUAAGGCGGCUUUCUCCCUUACGUAAAGAUACUUUAAAAUAUAAGGAAGAAUCUGUUCAAUCUGAUCAGGUCAAAUUUCCUCAAAACAAGGAUGCAGAGGAACAUCUUGAAAUGGAGCUUGAUUGAAACAUUCAUGAGGUAGACAUCAUCCGAACUAAAAAGACAAGUUUUAAACUAACUGUGCCAAUACUUAGAAAGCAUACAAGAGAGAAUUUCACAGAAGGGCCUUGAGACUGGAAGGAAUCCUAUAGAAGUUCUGGUAAUAGAAGCAAUUCUCCAAAAUUUUGAAAUCCAGAUAGCGAUUCUGAUGAUUGGGGGUUCAUCGAGCCCACAAUGAAAGAGCGAGGUGAAGACUGAACUACCUUUGAAAAGGACCUCUCUGUUAAUGUAGCCCCUUCGAGGAUUUCAACCUACCAAAGCAAGAAGAUGAUCCCGGGUACUAAAAACUGGUCUGAAAGACUCGAUACAAUUCUUCUUGGAGCAUAUGAUCAAUUCCCUUCAAAUUGGAAGAAAAUCUCAAAUGAAUUAGGCCAAAAGAAAACUCCGGAUGAAUGCCGCGAAAGAUAUACCGCUUUAAAACUUUGAAAUGUCAAGGGAAGGUUCACUAAAGAAGAAGAUGAAAAAAUUAUUAAAGGUGUUGAAAAAUACGGGAAGUCUUGGGCUAUUAUUGCAAAACAAUUUAUAAACCGUACCUCAAAGCAAAUCAGGGAUAGAUACAUGAAGACAAUUCUUAAACGGAAUCAGUUUUUCACUUCGAAGCAAGUGGACCAUCAAUUUACCAUUGAUGAAAAAGAUGAAGAGCAGUCAGAAAUUACCUCAAGAAAAGUUGAUAGGGAAGGAGUUCAGAUCACAGUGGAUUCCUUUAAAAAGGAAUCAGAGAAAAGGCUUCAGGGGCUACUUUCGGAAUCCAACCAGAGUCCUCUCCUUAAGAGUAGGGUCUUACGAAAGCAGACCGAUAAUUCUAUCUUUACCGAAGAAAGUCUAAAGGAUUAUCUUGGGGAUAGUGAUAAAGUAUGGUAUGAGAAUCUCAAUAAAACCAAAGAAAAACAAUGCGAAACAGUCGGUUUCAACCAGGGAACAUAUAAAUGAAGUGACGAGGAUUGGAAGGAUAAAAUGUCAGUUUCCUCAGCUUCUAACAACGCAGAGAAGCUGUUUGCAAAAGCUACUUUGCAUUUAUCUCCGGAAAAGUUGCCACAAGCUAAUCAGCAGAGCAUCUUUAAGUCUAAAGAGACUUUCCAGGAUAAGUGGCAUAAAUAAUUCAUUUGAAGCCAUCUUUUUUAUGAAUA